GGGGUAUAUAUAUAAUUCUUGUUUCCCUUCCAAAUCUCAUCAUCCACAAUCCAAACUCAACUUUCCAUCCAACAUCUCUACACUGUCAUCCACAGCUACUACCUUCUUACUGUCAUUACCAUGAAGCUCGCUACCCUCUUCUCCCUUGCCAGCACGGCUUCCCUCGUCCUCGCUACACCCACUCCCACGGUUCAGAAGCGUGCCGACUACUGCGGCCAAUGGGACUCCGCUGUCACCGGUGCUUACACCGUCUACAACAACCUCUGGGGCAGUGCCCAAGCCACUUCAGGCUCGCAAUGCACCGGUGUUGACGGCCUCAGCGGCACAACACUGAAAUGGCACACCAAGUGGUCAUGGACAGGCGGUGCCGGCCACGUCAAGUCCUACGCCAACGUCGUGACCAAGAUUUCCCAGAAGUCCCUCUCAUCCAUCAAGUCCCUCAAGUCGACAUGGAAGUGGGGCCUGACGGGCACCUCGCUGGUCGCAAACGUCAGCUACGACCUCUUCACCGGUCCCCAGGCCACCGGCAACGCUGACAACGAGAUCAUGAUCUGGGUUGCUGCCCUCGGCGGCGCUGGCCCCAUCUCCUCCACCGGAAGCCCCAUCGCUACCGUCACCCUUGCGGGAACCAGCUGGAAGCUCUACUACGGCCUCAACAGCUCCACCAAGGUGUGGAGCUUCGUCGCCAGCAGCCAGGUCACCAACUUCUCCGGCGAUCUCAUGGACUUCGUCAACUACCUGUCCACCAACCAGGGUCUCAGCAAGAGCCAGAUCCUGCAGAGCGUCGGUGCCGGUACCGAGCCCUUCAGCGGAUCCAACGCCGUGCUCACCACCACUGGAUACACCAUGGUCCAGGCUUAG